AUGCCGGUCUUCAGCAUCACCUUCACGAACGAGCUCAAUUCGCCCCUGAAGUAUGACUGGGGAAGAAAUGUCUACAAAGCUUGUCCAGAUUGUAUUCGGGCUCACGAAGUACGGACUUGUGACGGCGAGACCAAGGUUACGUUUGCCAUGUGCGAGACGCAUGCCCCAAUAUGCGAUAAGAACUACGAAAAGGCUUUGCUCAGUCAGAUCCGAAACAUGAUUUACCCGCUGUACUCGUGUGUCCCUCUGCCCGACGUAUCACGAGAAGAGCUGUGGAAGACCGUCUCAGUCAAUCCCUUGCCAGCAGCUACAUUCAUAAAAUCCGCGACGUCGCCCUUCCACUACACCAUCGUUCCUCCGACUCUACCAAAGACUCCUCCACCUCUUCCCCACCCGAUAGUCGAAUACACUCAUGCCAAAGGAUGCAGCCGCUCCGACAAGCCGGACGUGGUGGCCAAAUCAGCCGAAGAGGUGUUUCUCAUGGACAAGUUCGCAAACGAGCGACUGCAGACAAUCAAGGGCAUGCUGGCCGGAGGUCUCGAGGCAAUCAUGGACGACAACCUGCGCUACGCUCGAGACAUGGUCCUCGAUCAUGUCAAGCAGGACCUGAAGGAAAAGCACGAGCUGAGACGCCGUGCUAAACUUCGCGCUAAGCGUGCGGCUGGCGAAGACGAGGACAAGGGCGAUGGUGAUGACCACGCAUUCGAGUCUCGGUUUGCUCUGGCUCUGGCUACCUUGACUGGAGUUCCCCCUGCCACAGACUCUGGUCUGAUGUCUGGCUCCGGUGGUGACAAUUCAGAUCUCGACGAUGCCAACGGCGUCCAGCUCACCGAGGAGAUCCGCAAUCAUCACCUAUGGCAGCUCUUCGAGGUCGACGCGCGCAAGUUUCUUGUCCAGGAGCUGAAUCGAUUGGAACCGCUGGUUGCCAUGGGCCCUCUGACCAAAGCGACGUAUGUCAAGCGAUGCAAUGGCGAGUACAGAAACGGAGUCGGCGACAUUCUGAUCAAGAACGAUUUGGUGAUUGGGACCGGUUCUUUCUCGAGUGCUGAUGCCAGUACUGCUGAUACUGCUGGCGACACUCAGAUCAGUGCUGGUGCCACAGACUCUACUGCUACGACUGGCACCACUCCGAGCGCAUCUACUACCGGUUCAGCCUUGUCAGCUUCCACUCCAACUGAGUCAUCCAGCGGUGGCGGUAGCGGUAGCAUUGAUGUUGGCGGUAGCAUUGAUGCUGGAACUGAUGUCGGAAUUGGUCUUGGUCUCGGUGAUGAUGUUUCAUCUGCAGUUUCUUCGCAAUGGGCACCCAUAUCCGCCAAAACCCCCGGCUACGCUAUCGUCAAGCGCUUCCUAGACACCGGCGAGCUCGACCCCAGUGCAGACAUCCUUCACAACCCAUUGCCAAGAACUGAGCCGGCUCCUUCAGCGAGCAGUGACGAGUUCUGGGCCAAUCUGGGUCCGCCCAUCACCUCGUUUCCCUUCAGAACCGAUCUCCUCGUGACCUUGGACAAAGACUUGGCCGAUGGGAAGAUGGAUGCUAGAACCCAUUGUUCUCGCUGCUGGGAUAAUAAUCGCUUUGCGCGGAAGACUGCUUUGAGGACCAAGGAGUUGCGGAUGAAGAUGACGGAUGUCCAGAAGCAAGACCAGAAGCAAGACCAGGAGCAAGACCAAGAUCCUGAGUAA